AUGCAUAAAUCGAAUGAAGAUUGUUUUUAUUUUCUUACAUCAUCCUGUGCAAAAGGUUUAUCAUGUACAUAUCGACAUAGCCCAUUAGCUUUAACAUGCAACGUUCUUUGUCCAGCUUGGCUACGUGGUAAUUGUCCUGAUCCUGCUUGUCCGUUUCGUCAUAGUACUGCUCAGCGUCCAAUGAUAAGUAACGGUAUAUUAUGUUUCUAUGAAAAUACAGCAAAGGGUUGUUUAAAACUUGAUUGUACAUUUAUUCAUUCACGUCCACGAAUGAAUCUACGAAAUACAUCAACAAUUCGACCUUCAUCAACAAAUCUCAUUACAAAAGAUGCAACUAAAUCCAUUGUUAAUAAUACUCUUUCUAUUGGCAUAUCACAAACAACGCCUGUUCCUAAUUCUAAUAUCAAUUCUUCUCAACCAACAAUCAGUGAAACAGAAUUAGUCAUACCAAUUAGUACAAUUGAAUCAUCAUCAACUUCUGACAUAUCGUUACCGAUACUUAAAACUGAAACGAUAACACCACGUCGUAUUGCAAUACCAUCAGAUAUUGAUCAAUCAAAUGAACAUAAGAAUUUAUCAGAUAACAACAAUAAUAAUAGUCCAAGUUUGAAUAAAUCUAUUAGUCGUAGUGUAAUUACAAAUUCUUCCAAGUCCAACCAAGAAGAGAUAACAACAACACAAUCACGAUUAGUUGCUAAUCGAAAUGUUGUUAUUGCUGAAACACCGUGUGUUCCAAAUCGAAAAAUUGUUCCCACAACAUUAUCAUCAUCAUCAAAUCGUGUUGUUGUUUCAUCUGAUAGUAAUAAUUCACCUGAAAAACAUAAAAAGAUUGAUAUUGAUUCAGUCGGACAAGAAAACGAUACAAAAAAAAUUAAACAAGUUUCUCAAUCAACCAUUGAUACCUCAUUUCCUUAUACAACAUCAUCGAUUACUAAUCGUUUAUUGAUGUCAUUAGAAGAAACAAUGUCAACGAAUGAUACAAAACCAAUACGAUUGAAUCGUGAUCGUUUGCCCGCAACAAAAACAUUCAGUGGAAACUCAUCUAUUUCUGUUUCCACACCAACCAAUGAAGAAAAGGCAUCUGCGGUUUUAUUAUUUAUUCGUAGACGAUUCCAGAAAAAACCAAUAUCUCCGCCUCGAUCAAUCAAUUCUUCUACUUCAAUAACUGCAAUUAAUAAUAUGAAUACUAAUUUGUCUACUAAUCGUAAUGUUAUUACCUCAUCUCCUAAUGAACGUAAACGCAGAGCAACAGAAACAACAAUUGAUGAUACACCACCGCCAAAACGUAUGUCUAAUUCGUUAUCUCAACAUCAAUCUUCUCUUCGUCAACGGAUCUCAUCUCUCAAUACAUCUACACAUUCGUCUUUAUUAUCGAGUCAGGAUAAAAAUUUGGAAAAACAAACCGACGAAUCUAGUGCAAAAAUUUUUGAAAGAAAAAGCUCUUCAUCGACUACAAUGGAACCACGCCAAUCAAUAAUUUCUUCGUCUGUACGCCCACGUGUUAUACCACAAUUGAUUGUUUCACCUUCUUUAAAACCAUCAUCAUUGAUAACAACAAAAACACCACAACCACGACAAUUAUCAUCAGUCGUUAUUAAGCAACCUUUAACUGCAAUAAUGAUGGCUUCUCAAACAUCGACAAAAUCAAUUGAACAAACUCCAAUAAAUAUUACUGAUAAUAAAAGUUCAUCCACUAAACGAACUGCAGAACCUCAAUCAUCAAAUACUUCAAAUCAAGAUGAUAAAAAUCAAUUACUCAAACCUAACGAAUCUAGUGAUGUUGUUGAUACAUUUGCAUUAAUUGAUGAAGCUUUACUCGAAGCUGAUCAUCUUCUUGAACUUUUGUGA